AUGGACUUGAGCUAUGGUGCAAAGCCGAAUUGGAUUGGUUCAUUCUUCGUUAUGCCUGUGUGUAAUCAAAACGUUUGUUGUUGUCUCACUGGAGAAGUACAAGUGACGGAGAGGGCCAAAUUGUUCAUGACGAUAUCUGGCAAAUUGAAAGGUCAAUGUAAAGGACUUCGGACAUUGUUUCUGCCUACUUUAAAACCAAAUACCUACUCAACUACAUUACCCAUUAUCGGUGAAUUGAAGUUGAGUGAAGACAGUUCCACAUUAACAGCAAAAUCACCAUUAGGUUGGGAAUGUAAUGGUCGAGCUGUUCGACAAUAA